AUGUCUGAGCAAAUUCUCGCAGGAAAGACGUGUCUCGUGACCGGUGGAGCUGGUGGAUUGGGCAAGGCGAUUGCCACUCACUUCCUCGGCGCUGGCGCCAAUGUGGUAAUUUGCGACAUCAACGAGGAGCGUCUGCAAGAGGCCUCCGCCGAGUUGUCCUCAAAGGGACCCCUGCGAGCCAUCAAGGCAGAUAUCACCAAAGUGGAGGAGGUGCAGAGUCUGUUUGACGAGCUGAUCCGGGAAUUUGGCAAGAUUGAUGUCUUGGUGAACAACGCCGGAAUCAUGGAUCAUUUCGCUCCAGUUGGCGAUCUGGAUGUGGAACAGUGGGAGCGAGUGAUGGCCCUGAACCUCACUGCGCCCAUGAUUCUGAGCAAAAUGGCUGUUCGUAACAUGCUUGAGCAGCCAAAGCCUGAUGGCCGGAUUAUCAACAUUGUCUCUGUCGCCGGUCGAGCUGGAUGGGCCGCCGGUGCCGCUUAUACGGCCAGCAAGCACGGUCUGGUUGGUCUGACCAAGAACACUGCUGCCUUCUACGGCAACAAGGGCAUUCGCUGCAACGCCAUGAUGAUGGGUGCUAUGAACACCAACAUUGCCGAUGUGUUCAAGACCGGCAUGCACAUGGAGGGCUAUAAGAAGAUGAAUUCCGUCUAUGAGUCCAUCCAGGCCCCUCCCUGCGACCUAGAUGAGGUUGCUGGUUUCUGCGUUAACUUGACCUACGGCAAGGGUGCCAGUGUCAUCAACGGCGCGUGCAUUGCCAUCGACAACGGCUGGACCUGCGUUGUUGGCUAG